AUGACCAGAAUGGUGCUAUGCGGCUCCAGCUGUGUUCGUCCAAGGAGAAGUCGUCUUGUUGAGGUCAUUGGCGAGAUUGACGAGACCCGCGCGCGCGAAGAGAAGUUACCGAAAGGCUGGACUGUUGGUUUAGGUUGGUCGCUUGGCGUGAGGGUUUACAUAACGGACGUUGCGCAACUGUCCACCUACUCGAUCGAUAUAAUGGAAGCCGUAACGAGGCAAAUGGAGGUGAGCAGGUCACAGGGAGCUUUUCACCUUGACAAUAAUCGCGUCAUUUGUAUUCCAGAUGAACUCGUCAAAGCAGAAGAGGGCCACGUACGUGCACAGCUCGACGCUUGCGCACAGAAAAUCUUUGCUGAAGUGUCCACCAAAGACUUUUAUGGUGUCGAUGAUGUCGACUCGACACUACAAAGUGAUGUCACGUGCAUGCCUAUAUGUUGGAUCGUUGUCAUACGCGCAUCAGAGACGGUCGCAAAGGUCACCGAACCCGCCGUGACGAAGCAGAACAUCUUCAUCGUUAAACCACCGGCCUUGAAAGUGCCAUUCUCCAUAUCCAAGAACGGCCAUACGAGCGUACUCAUCUUCUACUUCAUAGGAACUGAUCAACGGGCUAGUCGGGUACUGCGGAAAGGUUUUAGGGCAUUGAUUCCAGCGGGGAGGAAACCUUUUGAAGAAUCGAAGCUGCAGGUGCUCUACUUCCAAGGUUCCCUAGGUAUUAUUAUCGUUGUUUUACCCCAGCACUUCUUACUGCAAUAUCAGCUCUACCUCGCCCUUCUCAAGGUCGCUCUCAACUCCCAUGGCGAGCCCAUCGCCGUGCGCUCCUGGGCCCUGACAGGUGUCGACUCCGGCCUGCACGGCCUGACUCUUCAAACCUCCAGCUCGGCGACAAACAACGCCAGCGGCUCCCCUAUUGUCUGGGCGACCGCGCAGUUUGAGAACUUCCUCCUCCAAAUCGACCCCAACGGCGACGACAUCAACGUCAAGCCAAAAAUCUUGCAGACCAUUCCGAUCCUCUCACCGGCCUUCGGACUUCACGGCGUCCUCGUUCACGGCGACGACGUCUGGGCCGCUUGCAAAGAUAGCUCGCACGUCGUGCGCGUGAGUCGCUCAAAUCCAUCGAAUCACCAAGUCUGGGCCGUCAGCGGCCGACCGAUUGUUGUUGAUGUACACCCAACCAGCGGGGAUGUAUACUCGGGCCUCGAUCUCAGCAGCAAAAUCUGGAGAUACAAGAACGACGGGAGCGCAGGCGAGGAGAUUGCGGUGCCUGCGGCCAAGGGCACAAUUCCCGUCGGGUUGAUUGCAGGGCCUGACGGAAAUGCCUGGGUAGUUCUUCUAGGCAACUCCACGGGUGGUACGGUAACUUUUGGUCGCAUCAACGCCGAUGCCUCCAUCAGCUGGCUCAGUCUCACCAGCAAAGUCGGCGCCCAUGCCCCGCUGAUCCACCUCGCCUUCGACGCCACGGACCCUACCCGCCUGUGGCUUUUUGGUUCUUCAAUCACAUGUCCUGACUGCCUGGACGCAGUGUACGCCGUCACCUUGGAUCUCAGCACGUCGAAUAGCACGAUCUCGCCGCGACUCGUGGUACAGUCGUCGAUUGUGCUGCCGACGCAGCGCGACUGGACGCAUCGAAUUAUCUUCCAUCGGGGUAGUUCGUACUUGACUGAAUUGAUCACGUCGACGCUCGCGCAUGUCCGGGGUGCGAAUGUCGUGAAGCCGGUUGUCAGUGAGCCUUGGGAUCAGUAUUCGUUCUGGGGACAGGGGUUGAAGACGACAGAAAUUACGUACAAAACCAUGGCGUGA